GUCUUCGACAAGAUCUAGAAAAGUUUGAAAAUGGAGAUGACGUUUCUGUUGGGAUACAAGGUAGUAUUAUUACUGCUUUUCUUGAAUAUUCAAUAUACGUUGAACGUCAGAUAUCGGUUGGUCUUACCUCAUUAAAACGAACAAUUGAUGAUUAUGAUAGUUUGGCCAAAAGAGAAAUGAUACUUGUAAAGCAAGAGAAAGCUUUAUUACACAGCACAUCCCAAGAAGCAA